AUGUUUCAGUCGGCUGUGCUCUCUCGCGGCAGUUCUAUGAACCAAGUCAUGACUUUCUUCUAUUAUUUUGCCUAUGGAAGUAAUCUUCUCGGUGAUAGAAUUAGGUAUAAGCAAAAAGGAGCACAGUAUGACUGCAAUGGGAGACUCGACCACUUCCGUUUGGAAUUCGCCAACUAUUCGGAACGAUGGCAGGGAGCACUGGCGACGGUGAUGGAGGAGAAUGGGAAAGAGGUGUGGGGAUGUGUAUGGAAGAUGCCGAACGAGUAUUCAGAAUCGUUGGAUGAGCAAGAAAAGGGAUAUCAUCGAUUGAUGGUUCCCGUCCACACCCCACACGGUGUCAUCCUCUGCAGAACCUAUCAAUAUUCGGAUCUCCAAGCCGAUCCAAUGCCUCCAUCUCCCCAUUACAAACUUGUUAUUGUCGAAGGAGCUAAAGAGCAUAAACUCCCUUCUGAAUACAUCAAAGGACUCGAAUCCAUAAAGGAUAACGGAUUCAAGGGUUCAGUCGAUGUGGACAUUCCACUUUUAGCCAAAUUGAAUGUGAAAACGGAAUUGUGA